UCUUGCUUACGUCAAAUUUCGGUUGUUUACAUUCUUCGGUUAAUUGCUGAAAUCUAGCGAUUCUGAGCGUUUAAAUUUCAUCUAUAAUUAUUCCAAAAUAUGGAUCUAAACUCGACAGGCCCGCAAGAUUUAAGUAUAACAUCUGCAAGAUCAGUGAAUCAUGGAAAUUUUAGUGAAGAACUUUCAGCAGAGCAGAACCCACAGCAGGAGUCUGUGACGAUCGCAGGAGAUGCACAGAACAAUGAGAUGCGCGGUGCACCUACCAAUGGCAACAAUUCUGCACCGGAACUAGUGAACCGCGAGUGGAAAGAAAUAACCGCGGACUUUUUUGGGUGUGUCAAAGAAUUGAACCUCGGCGAGCUGAUUCACGAUAAUAUGUUCGGACUCUUCGAUGCCAUGUCUGCUAUCGAAAUGAUGGAUCCGAAAAUGGAUGCUGGAAUGUGCUGUAACAAGGAAACUACUCCGUUGAAUUUUCAAACUGCUGUAGAGAGCGGGCAAAUGAAAUUGGCCAAUUUGGAACCACGCGAAUGCAUUGGGAUAAUUGAUGCUAUUUACUCCUGUAUUGUUUCCUGGUUGGAGGGCCAUUCGAUGGCGCAAACAGUACUUACUUGUCUGUAUCUACAUCAUCCAAAUCAAAUAGAGGACAAAUUGAUUAAAGCAUUUUCAUGGGCCGUGCACAAGAUGGUUAAUUUGAUUCGGAAUUUCAUCUUGCGCGCUGGCGUGUACGAGGAAGAAGAUUUUCAGCCGAGUACUUACGGGUUUGAUUUGUGUAUGGAGCUGACGGAAACCAAGGCGUGCAGUAUGCUGAAAAGCGCCGAAGAAGAUUGGAUCAGGAAAAUCAAGGAAGCGGAAGGCGAACGGGAAAAAGAGGAAAUCAACGCUCUCGUUAGUCGGCUGAAAUUUACACGGUUACUGCUGCAAUGCUUGGUUGCACUUUACCCAACCAAGCAAAAUUCUUCCUGGAAUGUCUCUAGUUCGAAUGCUAGCAUGGUAACAGUAAAUAAUAUUUCACCAACUAAAACGGAAAUGAUAGACAUAGUGAAAACGCUCAACGGAGCACUGGAAUUAACUCAAGUUAUGGAGAAAUCAAUUGAGUACGGAACACAACCUGAUCCGAAUUCUGAUACUCCAAAUCCCAUGGGAUUUUCUAUGAUGGUUAAUCAGAGACUGCUGCCACCUACUUUUCCACGCUACACCAAGAUUAAAGAUCGUUCGGUUUGCAUUCUUUAUCUGGCGGAGUUUAUCCAACGAUUGAAGCAUGCAUGUAAGAUUGUACAUUGCACUAACUAUCACAGCGCCCUGAACUUCUUCAUGGACUUCAGCAAGAAGUACGUGCCCUGCCUGUUGUCACGGCGUAUUCUGCAAGCCUUGUAUUUACCAUCGCACGAUAUGGUUUUCGGGACCAAGAAGCUAACCGAAGUCUUGAAAGAAUCCGCCAAAGCAUUCAUUGCACCACCCGUUCUACUGCCUGACAAUCCUCUUUUUAACAAUCCCGCUGCUUGCAAUUGCGUGGACUCUUUCUUCGCCUACAAUGAGCACACGUUUUGCGUACUGUUCGAAAUUUGCGGCUACAAUCGGGCCAGACAACGAGAUAAAUUAGGUAUUAUGCUGUCCAACUUUGCCAAUCUGCAGGAUGAAGCUGAACGAGUCGACGCCUAUCUGCACUCACUUUCGAUGAAAAACGAAAACCCUCGGCAACAUCUAGCUUGCUUCGGAACGUGGGUACUGUAUCACUGUUUGCGCGCGAUGUCGUUCUUCCUGCUCUCGGGACUGGAGUUGGAACUAUACUCAGUGCAUGAGUAUCUCUACAUUUUCUGGUAUCUGUAUCAGUUCCUGUUCGGCUGGAUUGUCUCAGCCUUGACUCGUGCCGAUACAUUCUUGGUAGAACAGGAUUACGUCCCGGACCCGAAAGGGGCUAAAGGAAAUCAGAAAAAGCCAAAAGUGAAAAAACGAAAGGGAAAAACCGACGCCAAAGAAAACAUCUUCUAUCAAGCAAUGCAGCAUAUGUGUGGAGGUUAUUAUAAGGCACUUGGUGGUUUCAUAGGCGAAGAACGAAUUCCAGAGCCGCUUCCUAUGUUCGAUAACGAAAAGGUUCGCUUUGAGCAUCGAUUCGCGCCUUUCGCAACUCUAUCAACGCCUCCUCCGAUGGCGUACGCUGAUUUCAAGCUAAUGAAAUCGUAUAUGCUCAAAUCUCCGGCAGAAGAACUUUACUCAUCGGCUGCCAAGCAUUUUCACGAUGCUCGUGUAUUGUUGGAAUCGUAUCCUAAUCCGGAUGAAGAGUGGCACGAGAUAGUAAAGGUAGCCAAAAUGAAUUUCGUGAUGAUGAAUCUGCUGGCUAGUGGGUUGAAUCGACAGUCGAAGGCACCACCAGAGUUUGAUUUCUCAUGUCAUCGGUAUUUUCCUAUCAUUAAGCAUAAAAAAUAGGAUAUUAGUUUCAAUUAAAUGUUUGUCUUCGUGUGAUUAUCUUGUCUUAGUCAUGUAAGGGGCAUACUGGCAGUGAGCUGUAUUUGCAAUAAACUUUUCGAAAGUAA